AUGACACGCGGAGAUAUCCCGACAAGACGAGAAAUACAAGAAAUCUUAGAAUCAGAAUCAGAAGUAAUCAGAUGGUUACAAGAUAACGAAAUUAUCUAUAAAAACCUUACAUGUCAUCAAUGCAAAAAUGAGAUGAAACAAAUAAACAAAUUAUUAAUAGAAUUAUACUAUUUAUGGCUUAUCCAAGUCUCACCGAAAUCAAUAGGACUAAUGACUGGUCACUCAACGACAACAAUAACAAACAAUAUUGAUAAGAUAAGACAAAUGAUAGGGUCACAAUAUCACAGGCGAAAACCUGUGAAAGGAGUAUGGGUCAUUGGAGGAGUAGAAAGAACCCAUGACCGAAGAAUAUUUGUCAAAACAAUAAAUAAAAGAGAUAAAGAAUCAGUAUUACAAAUUAUAAAAGAUAACGUCGAAAAAGGAUCAAUUAUUUACACAGACCAAUGGAAAGCGUAUGAUGAUAUUACGCCAAUCUUGGGAAACCAGCAUGGGAAUGUAAACCAUUCAAAAUAUUUUAAAGAUCCUGAAACAGGAAUACAUACCAAUACCAUAGAAGGAAACUGGAACGGAUUAAAGAUAUUAAUACCUGCCAGAAAUAGAAAUAAAGAAAGAAUUGAACCAUAUCUACUUGAGUACGUAUGGCGAAGACAAUAUCAAGGUCAGCUGUGGACCACAAUGAUUAAAGCAAUAAGAAAUGAAUUAUUAAUCGAAGAUAAACAAGAUGAUAAACCAAAAAUGGAAGUCGACGUGACUGGAACGCGUGACGAUCCAAAACAACCCUGA